UAUCAAUGUGUAAAUUCUUUGCUCUUUUGACAUUUUUGACCCUCAUCACAUUAUCUAUAUGCUUUCUAUCACCAUCUUUUCGACGUAACUCACACUCAGACUUUACUCAAUGCGAAGGUACAUUUCCAAACAAUAUUACUACAAUCUUUUAUGAACCUAAUCCUGCAAUCUCCGGAGAAAAUAUGACUGUCACUAUUGCAGGAAUAAAUACAGUAACAGUUCAAGAUGGAGCUACGUUAAACGUCACAGCAAUGUACCAAGGAAAACAAUUAUUUGUAAAUAUUAUGGAUUUUUGUAAAGUAUGGGUUGAAGUAAAUGGUGAUAAGUGUCCUGUUUCACCUGGAGAUUUUAAGUACACUGUUACUAUUCCUAUUGAAAAACACCAAGACGACCCUAAGAAUACCACAAUCGAUUACGAUUAUAUAUUUCAAAAAGUCUAUUUACAGUAA